GUUUCGAGAUUUGUAAAUCCUCCCAUUUUAAGUGGUGACCAAAAGGGGAGGAUGAAAAACAUAAAGACAUAAAACGAAAAAGGGGAGAGAGCGUUGGUCGAGGAGACAAGGCGAGAACAGGGGGAAGGCCAGAGAGAGAGAGAGAGAGCGCGGAGAGGUGUCUCGUGAAGCUGCAGGUAAACCCAAAGAAAGACUGAUAGAAGAUCGAAAGAAACAUUAGACACAGACGUUGUUCAGAGGCGAAUAGAGCAUAAAGCUGAAGCUUUGGUAUUUCCUGAACCAUUUUACUGAAGAAAAUGUCUGAGACAAUGCCACAUUCUGGUAAAUCAAUGGACGAAAUGACCCACGACUCUCUAGGCGACCGAUUCCGUGACUCACUGAUAUUCGGCGUCAACAAGCCUGAUUUCAAAGAACUCGAUCUGGGUUCGCCUGUUUCGCCCUUGCUGACGCGCGGCUCCUCCGGUGGUGGGGGUGGCACCGCCGCCGCUACAUCUAUCUGCAGCAGCUGUAGCUCCUCCGGUUCGGUCUCAGCCAAAGCCAGCAACCCCCAAAUGUUUAAAAGAUCCGAUAACAUUACAAGCAGUCACUCCUGCGAGCUUUCGAGAUCAUCCGAAGCCAACCAGAGCCAGACCUUUGGAGAGGGAUUUCGAUCCGUCGCCACAACCCAAAAUUCAAUUCCGGGUCAUCGAAGAUCCAAAUCGACAGGGCCCCCAUUGAUCUUUUCAGGUGGAAGCUUCAUCAGCAGUAGCACUAGCGGUAGCAGUGUUGCAACUAAUAAUAGUAGUUGUUGUAAUAAUGGUAGUGCAUCUUCUGUUACCUCAAACCCAAAUUCAAAUAUGCUUCCGAGUGGCAACAUUUGCCCAUCAGGGAAGAUUCUGAAGACGGGCAUGGCGUGCCGGAGCGCCGGUAGGACCGAUGUGCUCGGCACGGGGACCGGAAACUAUGGGCACGGCAGUGUGAUGCGCGGUGGUGCCGGUAAAUUGGGUGUAGUCGAUGCGGGUGUGACCGGCAACAGUCAAUUUGCCGGCGAUUCAGUGAUGGUGAAGAAGGCCAUGGCGAGCUCUGACGCAGAGGAGGUAAAAAAAGCCGGUAAUGAGCAGUACAGAAAACGGCAUUUUGCGGACGCGUUGUCGUUGUAUGAUCGCGCUAUUGCCCUAUCUCCGGAUAUUGCGGCUUACCGGAGUAAUCGUGCGGCGGCAUUGACAGCUCUGGGGAAGUUGGGGGAAGCAGUGACAGAGUGUGAGGAGGCUGUGAGGUUGGAUCCUGGAUACGGGAGGGCUCAUCAGCGUUUGGCUUCUCUUUAUCUCCGGAUGGGGCAGGUUGAAAAUGCCCGCCGCCACCUUUGCAUUCCUGCAGUACAACCAGAUCCAGUUGAGUUGCAGAAGUUGCAUGCAUUGGAGAAGCAUCUGAACAGAUGUGCAGAUGCCCGAAAGAUUGGUGAUUGGAAGAGUGUGCUGAGAGAAUGUGACGCAGCCAUGGUGGCAGGAACAGAGUCUUCCCCGCAGCUACUUGCUUGUAAAGCAGAAGCCUUUUUAAAGCUCCAUCAACUUGAAGAUGCAGAUUCAAUCUUGUCAAACAUUUCCAAGUUUGAACCCUAUCUGCCUUCCAGCACACAAGUCAAGUUCUUCGGGAUGCUUUCUGAGGCUUACAUGCAGUAUGUCCAAGCCCAGGUUGACAUGGCAAUGGGAAGGUUUGAGAAUGCAGUUGCGGCAGCGGAGAAGGCAGGAUUGAUUGAUUACAUUAACACUGAAGUUGCAAGGUUACUGAACAAUGUGAAAUUGGUGGCAAGAGCCCGUGCUCGUGGUAAUGAUCUUUUUAGUUCAGGAAGAUUUGCUGAAGCCUGUUCAGCUUAUGGGGAAGGCCUCAUAUAUGAUAGUUCCAGCUAUGUUCUCUAUUGCAAUAGAGCAGUUUGUUGGUCUAAACUUGGUUUAUGGGAGCAAUCUGUUGAGGACUGUAACCAAGCCCUCAAGAUUCAACCAAAUUACAUAAAAGCUCUCCUCCGAAGGGCUGUUUCAAAUGGAAAGCUUGAACGAUGGGCAGAAGCUGUGAGAGAUUAUGAGAUCUUGAAGAGAGAACUUCCUGGAGACAAUGAGGUUUCUGAAUCUCUCAUCCAUGCACAAAAUGCAUUAAAGAAGUUACAUGGGGAGGAAGUUCAUCAUAUGAAAUUUGGUGGUAAAAUAGAAGAAAUUUCUGGUCUUGAUCGGUUUAAAACUGCGAUAUCGUCACCUGGCAUUUUUGUUGUACAUUUCAAAGCAACAAGCAACCAACAGUGUGAACAGAUAUCUCCAUUUAUAGAUAACCUCUGUGGUCGAUAUCCUUCUGUCAAUUUUCUCAAGGUGGAUGUGGAGCGGAGUCCAGCAUUAGCAAAAGCUGAGAGCAUAAAAAUUGUUCCAACAUUUAAGAUUUACAAGAAUGGAGGGAAGGUGAAGGAGAUGAUCUGCCCAAGCCAUCAGGUCUUGGAGUAUUCCGUGAGGCAUUACGGUUCAUAGAAUGAAUGCUUCCAUAAUUUAUGUCGUGGAUUGAAUGCUCACAUCUGAUGGGAGAUGGUACCAGUCAUUUUUUCCCCAAUUCAUACAACAAUUUCCAGUUCACCGGUGACAUAAUCAGCUACCUAAUAAUUUCAUAUUCAUUGGGGUAGAGAGAUCACCCUUGUAGAGAAAUAGCUUCUAGUUUCUAUUUGCAAGUUUUAUUUAUUCAUUCAAUUUUAAUUGCUAUAUAAUUAUUUCAUCUUCCAACUUCCAA